AUGUCCGCUUCAAAGCCAGGCCGAGGCAUGUUCGAGCAAGAUGAGAAUAUCAACGACCACCCUCCACAAGAAAAGUUUGUCCCCCAGCGAACCUUCGGCACCGCGGCCGAGCGCGCCCGGCGCAACAUCAACGCCAAAUUGUCGAACCCUUUGGCAGGCUAUAGCCAUACAGAGCUACGAAAACAAGGUCGUAACUUUGCCUUGAUUCAUGAAAUCGGCGAUCAAUCAGAUGUUCGUGCUUUCGAGCUGGGCGCGGUGUUGGCACAAAAUCCGGAGCGGUAUGAGAACGUGGCUGGACUAACAAGCCAGGAGAAAGAACUUCUACGGCGGGAGUUUGCAUAUAGAUGGUCCCAGCCACGGAAGAUGUAUGCAGUCAUUGCGCUGUGUUCGCUUUCUGCAGCUGUCCAGGGAAUGGACGAAACAGUGGUCAAUGGAGCACAGAUAUGGUAUAAAUAUCAGUUCGGAAUUGCCAGCACUGCGCCACGGGAUACCUGGCUCGUCGGCCUGAUCAAUUCAGCACCCUAUCUCUGCUGCGCUUUCAUCGGCUGCUGGUUGACCGUCCCCUUCAAUCACUGGUUUGGCCGUCGUGGGACGAUCUUUCUCACAUGCUGCUUUAGUGCCAUUGCCUGUCUCUGGCAAGGAUUUGUGUCCACGUGGUGGGCCAUGUUCAUCGCUCGUUUCGCUCUCGGGUUCGGUAUUGGUCCCAAAUCCGCCACAGUCCCGGUCUACGCUGCGGAAACCGCCCCCCUGCGAUCCGAGGUGCAUUGGUCAUGCAAUGGCAGAUUGCCUGACACUUCGAGUAUCGUCGGGCUCAAUUGGAGACUCAUGAUGGCAUCGGCCAUGUUUCCCGCUCUGGUGGUAUGCUGCUUUGUCUUUGCCUGUCCCGAGUCGCCUCGCUGGUAUAUGAGCCAGAAACAGUAUUACCAAGCGUAUCAAUCAAUCUGUACGUUGCGGCAUCAUAAGAUUCAGGCGGCGCGUGACCUGUACUACAUGCAUACCCUGCUAGAAGCCGAGAAUAGUAUGAAACUGGGGCAGAAUAAGCUUCUGGAGCUGGUAACGGUUCCCAGGAAUCGACGGGCCAUGUUUGCAUCGGAAAUAGUCAUGUUUAUGCAGCAGUUCUGCGGAGUCAAUGUUAUCGCAUACUAUUCUUCCGAGAUCUUUUUGGAAGCCAAUUUCGCUCCAGCUGCCGCUCUUGCUGCAUCUCUGGGUUGGGGGGUGAUAAAUUGGCUUUUCGCGAUUCCUGCCAUCUACACCAUCGACACAUUCGGUCGUCGGAAUCUUCUACUCACCACCUUCCCGCUCAUGGCCCUCGCGAUGUUUUUUACGGGGUUUAGCUUUUGGAUCCCCGAAUCGCAUCAUGCCGCCCGAAUCGGCUGCAUCGCGCUCGGCACCUACCUGUUUGGUAUCGUCUACUCCCCCGGAGAAGGACCUGUACCGUUCACGUAUUCUGCUGAGGCAUACCCGCUGUAUGUCCGAUCGUACGGGAUGGCCCUGGCCACUGCUACGACAUGGUUCUUCAACUUUGUGCUUGGGGUGACGUGGCCAUCGCUACGAAAUGCCUUCACUGCACAGGGUGGAUUCUCAUGGUAUGCUGGAUGGUGCAUUGUCGGGUGGUGGCUCGUCCUACUCUUCAUGCCGGAGACAAAGAACAAGACUCUGGAGGAAUUGGACCAGGUCUUUUCAGUGCCCACACGAUUCCAUGCCCGGUAUGGACUGCGGCAAAUCCCGUAUUUCUUUCAGCGAUAUCUACUGCGUCGGGAUGUCCGGCCAGAGAUCUUGUAUGAGCGAGAGGACACUACGUCCAUGGAGGAUGUGGAAGAUAAUGCGUGA